AUGAAGAGUCCGCCGGAGAAGAUGACCGGAGCCGGAGAAGAUGACCGGAAAACAUGGGGGUGUAGGAAAGAUGAAGCCUUGAAACUUUGCUUAUUAUUUGUCAAGCAAAUUCUUGUACUCCUCAUGGAUAAGAGCAAGCAAUUGGGAGGAAAUGGAGGAGAUGAAUGGGAUGAUGGAGUACACACUGGAGUAAGAGAAAUAACUCUUGUAUACGGAAGCUGCAUCGACUCGAUCCGUGUAACAUAUGAUCACAAUGGUAAACCCUUUCUGGCUGAAAAACAUGGUGGCAUUGGUGGAACCAAAUCUGCUCAGAUUAAGCUGCACUUUCCUGAGGAGACGUUAGUAAGUGUUAGCGGGCACUAUUGCCCUGUGGUUUAUGGAGGUAGUCCUGUGAUCCGAUCACUCACUAUAAAGAGCAACAAAAGAACAUUUGGGCCAUUUGGGGUUGAAGAAGGAACACCCUUCAAUUUCUCGAUAAAUGGAAAUCGCAUUGUAGGUUUUCAUGGGCGAAGCGGGUGGUUUCUGGAUUCACUCGGGUUCUGCUUAUCAAGCCCGAAACCAAGCCUAUUCCAAAGAAUCUUGGCGAUGUUUAAAUGGGUUUGAACCCUCUUGCUAUUAAAGAAGGUGAAAAUAAGAAAGUCAAGGGAUUUAAUGGGCCUUAAUUGGGGCAUAUGAGUACCAUAGCUAGUCUUAAACAAAAAUAAAUUGUC